CGACUGGCAAAACCGAGAAAUAUCGAAAACCUCCUCCUAAAUCACCCCAAAAACCGUCCGAGUAUAUUUAAGACGAACGAAUUUUUUUGGUUUCCCUCCGCCCGUUCCAGCAGUGCCGAGCUGAGCAAAGCCACCGGGAGAAAUCAGCAUUUUUCAGAUUCAAAGUGACUUCCUUUCGAGCUAUUUAAGAUAUGCUUGUCUGGACCUAUAACACAAAACUCUUGUAGUUGUAGCUGUUCAUUAAAUGGAACAUAAGAAUAAUAAAGAAGGGGAAGUAGAGGAUUCAACGAUAGAGUAUGUAAGCUAUGGAGGAGAACAUCAUCUUCCGCUUAUAAUGAAUUUGGUUGAUGAAGAACUCAGCGAGCCCUACUCAAUCUUCACAUACCGCUAUUUUGUCUAUCUCUGGCCUCAACUAUCCUUUCUGGCUUUUCACAAAGGAAAAUGUGUGGGGACGGUUGUGUGCAAAAUGGGUGACCAUCGAAAUGUUUUGAGGGGCUACAUUGGAAUGCUUGUUGUACUUAAGCCGUACAGGGGAAGAGGCAUUGCUACAGAACUAGUAACGCGAUCAAUUAGAGCAAUGAUGGAAUCAGGGUGCGAAGAGGUGACUUUAGAAGCAGAAGUUACAAAUAAGGGAGCACUAGCUCUAUAUGGACGCCUCGGUUUUAUCAGAUCUAAGAGGCUUUUCAGAUACUAUUUGAAUGGAGUGGACGCAUUCCGGCUGAAACUAUUGUUUCCUCGUCCUGAGGUAUACCAUUGCGAGUCCUUGAUGGGGCUUGGCUCCUCUGAAUUCGAAAAUGAUCAUCAACAACAAAAGGAAGAUACGACUCGCCGAUGAAUUCAUUAUGUUGACAGAUGCCAACUGCAACUGUCAAAGAGGACAGAGUAACUUGUACAAAAGCUUUUUGGUUGUGAAGACUGUUGGUUGGUUCUACUUCUUUGCUAGUUUAUUUUUAUUUUUUUAAGUGCAUUUUCAUUGAUAAGUUGAACAAAUUAAUCAAUGAAUAUACUACUACUACUUGACUAAUACUAGUAGUAGUAUAAUGGAAGGCACAUGAUAGUCUGGGAUAGAGCAUUUAAGUGUCAACGCCUUUCAAGCUGUCAUUCUUUUACAUUGGUCAUCUUCCUAUCUAAUAAUACUAUUAUUACUUUAGCCCGGUUUUUAUUUUGUCUGUACUUGAUUGUCGUUUGCUGAUUCAUUGACUGAGGCCGGGGUUCAGUUUCU